AAAUUGUCGGUUUCAGGUACUUACGGUACAGUGUUCAAAGCUCGCAAUAAAGAAGGAGGCGAAGUUGUAGCGUUGAAACGAGUUCGACUUGACGACGAUGAUGAGGGAGUCCCGAGUUCAGCAUUACGAGAAAUCUGCAUCUUAAGGGAAUUGAAGCACAGAAACGUCGUCCGCUUAUAUGACGUCAUAUAUUCGGAAAGCAAACUAACUCUGGUCUUUGAGUAUUGUGAUCAGGACCUGAAGAAGUUUUUCGAUUCACUAAAUGGUCAUAUCGAUCAACAGAUGGCAAAGUCACUGAUGCUGCAGUUGCUUCGAGGGUUAGCCUUUUGUCACGCACACCAUGUUCUUCAUCGCGAUCUCAAACCGCAAAAUCUGCUCAUCAAUUCCAACGGUCAGCUGAAACUGGCUGAUUUUGGACUUGCACGGGCGUUCGGAGUGCCAGUCAGGUGUUACAGCGCAGAGGUAGUGACACUAUGGUAUCGACCGCCUGACGUUUUAUUUGGAGCGAAAUUAUACAACACUUCAAUUGAUAUGUGGUCAGCUGGUUGUAUUUUUGCUGAGAUUUCAAACGCUGGUCGACCGCUUUUCCCUGGCGCAGAUGUCGAUGAUCAGCUUAAGAGAAUAUUCAAGCAGCUGGGAACACCAACCGAUGACACUUGGCCUGGCCUUUCACAACUACCGGAUUUCAAACCCAUGCCGCUGUAUCAUCCAGCAAUGACGUGGGGUCAAGUGGUCCCUAAUAUGUCUGCAAGUGGCCGCGAUCUUCUUCAGGUGAUUCUUUUUUCCCUCCAAAUUUUGCCUAUUUCUUUUGCUGCUUUGGCUGCU